AUGCAUCGUCAUUCUAUUGCUUCAGAAUUACGUCGUGGAUCAACUGAUUGCUGCUAUAUGCAGCAGAAUCAUACACCCUUUAAGGAUGGAAAAGAACCGAUACUUGACGCUAAUCUAAUGCGCAGUGUUGAUAAUCUUUAUUUGAGCAAGCCAAAUCACAGCUCACAUCAUAAUGGAAUGCGUUUUACCGCUGGACGUCGUCUACCAAACUUGCCAAUAAACAACGCAAUUUUAGACGGAAAUUCACGAAGGAUGCACAAGUUGGUUACUGAAAACCGAUCACAAAGUGUUGGACGAGUGCCCCGAUUAUCUGAUUCAAGCUUGACUAACUCCUCUUUGGAUCUAUCAUAUCGUCCUUCUUCUUUUCAAGUACAGUCACCGGUAGUGAGAGCGCAAUUGAUCGCUUUAGAUCACAGAGGCUUAAGAACUGUUCUAAUUGAAAAACUUCAACCAGGCCCAUUUGGUUUCUACAUUGCGACUGGAGUAUAUAAUCAAAAACGAGGAAUUUAUAUCUCACGAGUAUCAUUACCUUCUUUGACCCCUAUCUUGUCUGUGGGCGAUGAAAUUAUUUACGUGGAAAAUGAGUUGGUCAAAGGUGAGGACUUGGAAUAUGUGCAAGCAUUGAUUGCAGGCAAAAAUUGCGUGAAAAUAGUCGUGCUACCAACAGUAGCAACACCAUCAUGUUGA